AUGGGUCUCACCAUUGUCAAGUUCAAUGAUGAGGCUACAAGAGAUUUUGUUUUGGAGAGUGGUAUUGUGCAGUUUGAUAGGAAGCCGGUUAUUGUGAGACCUUGGACUCAAGAACUUGACUCAAUCAGAUUAGUCCGAUCUGUUCCACAAUGGAUUCGUUUGCCAAAUCUAGGUCUGCAAUAUUGGGGGAAAAAUUGUCUAAGUGCCUUGGUUAGUACAAUUGGAAAACCUAUUAUGGUGGAUAAGUUUACAAAGGAUAGAUCUAUGAUUAGGUUUGCUAGAGUUCUUGUUGAAAUGGAGAUUACAGAUGACCGUCCUUUCAUUAUCCAUUUUGUCAAUGAACGUGGACAAAUUCAGGAGCAAUUUGUGGAAUAUGAAUGGCUUCCCAUUAAGUGUUCGACUUGCAAAGGCUAUGGUCAUAAUGCAGCAGAAUGCAAGAAAACUGAAACAAAAGCUUGGGUUACUAAGAGCAAACCAGAACAAGAUUCUACCAAUCCUGCUCCUGAUGCGGUGGUUACCAAGGCCAAAGUAGGAGAGACAUCUGAUGUUCAACAGGAGCCUAAAGUUGUGGAGACAAAGAAUAAUGCAGCUGAAACAGUUACACAUGAGACUGCUAUUCAGGACAGGGCUCAGAUUCAGGUUCUGACUCGGUCUCCAACAACCAAAGAGAACUGGGAAGUUCCAAGGAAAAUUGGGACCUCUAAGAGCAAAGGUAAGACUGUGAGUUCACAUCUGGAUAGGGACAAGAAUGUGUUUAAAGUGCUUCAAGAACAGGUAACAGGGGAGAUGAGUGGGGUAUCAAUUGAUUCUACUCCUGAUGGAUUGCACAAACAUACUUAG